GGCUGGGGCCACUCGCCAGUUGGCCGCCGCCUGGAGAGGAUGCGGGCGGCCCGGCUCCGGGGCGUGCUGCUCUGCCUCCUCGCCGCUGCCCAGCAGGUAUCACUGCAGACUUUCAUCAACUGUGGGACCUUCCUGUGUGUAAAUAGUUACUGCUGUGAUGACCACUGCUGCUCUGACAUCCAAGAAUUCCCAGAAUACAAUAGAAGCCCAAUAAACCCAUAUGGGUACAUAUUCAUCACCCUGGCCGUGAUCGUCUCUGGUGUGAUCUUCUCUGUUGCCUGCAUAUGCUGCUACAAGUUCUGCAACAGGCCUUCGCAGCAGGAAGAUGUUGAACGGUCCCAGCCCUAUGUCCUUCCAGCUUCUGCCCCCUCUACCCUGCCUGAGCUCCCGGCUUAUAACCAGUAUGACGACCCCCCUCCCUACAGCGAGGUGACCUCCAAACCAUUCAUGUACCCACCUCUGGAAAUCCAGCCCCCAUGCUACAGCAAUGUUAUUGCUGAAGAGCCCCCAGCCCCUAUGAACUCCGUCCAGACCAGCUUGUGAGGACUUGGCCAGCCAAAUUCACCAGGGUGGAGCUGAAGGGAUGUCUAGUGCCUUCCGAGCUUCCUCUAGCGUGUCUACUCUGUGCACAGAAAGCUGCACACAAUGAACUGACAAGUGGCCCUGCUAGCCACAGGGGCUGCCUCACUGCCUGACCUACUUCUAGGGACUCCCAUGUCCUGGCAGGUGCCAGCCAGGGAGGAACACGGGCACCUGAGAAGGACACUCCCCAGCAGGACUGGAGGUGAGAGACGCAAAGAAAAUGACAGUGACUGAGGAGCCACGUGCCAUGAGGGCGCAGCAUGUGCCUGGGUGUGAGAGGGUGCACCUGUGUGAGCACCCUGUGCCUCAACAUACAGCCAGGGCACCCUUGUGCUUCCUGCACAAAGAAUACCCCCAAAAAUCCUUUCUGCAAUAGGCUGUCCUGACUGCCUCCAUCCCAUCUGGGCCUGGGCCCAGCUGAGGUUGGACUAAGCUAUGCUAUGUCCACUGUAUGCACCAUAGGCUCAGGCCUCACUUAGAUUGCUUUGGUGCUAUCCAACUGGUCCCAGAGUGCUUUCCAGAUUAGGGGGUGGCAGUGGAGGAACUUAGGAACCCAAUUCCUGCCAAUUUUCAAUGGGAUUAAUGCUCCUAACUUCCUUAGGAGCUUUUGGAAAUCUCCCCCUUAAACAGGUGGGUGUUGCACCCUGCCUGGGACUUCAUCUCUGCCAAGGGGCUGUGCCACAUGCUUCAGAGGCAGGGACAGGAAGCCUGCUCUGGGCAGGGAAGAGGGGACCCUGAUAACUUCCCUCCUGACCCUGUUAGAGUGGGUGCGAAUUGGUGCCUUGGGACAGGAGGGCUGUGCCCCCAGCACUAUCAUAGCUGCUCUUUUAUUUGUAGCGGGUCCUUUUUGAGCUGUUGGGGGGG